GCAGACGAAAUCGUCGAAGUCGAACUGUGGUCUGUGCCCGGGUGACUUUUGGACAAAAUUUCUCUAUUAAUUAUCAUGAUUAUGUUUGCAAGCCAUGUUUUCCUUGUAACGUGAUGACCAUUGUUAUCUAGCCUAGGUACCGUAUGUAUCGGAAGAUUGGAUUCUAUAAAGAUUUUUACCAAUUUGAGGACUGCUUGGUAUAUUUGUUUCAGCAGAAAAUAAGCAAAAACUUGUCCAAAUAUUGCCAAACCCUUUUUCACCACACAGGGUUACCAAGGACAAGGCAAGGUCACAUUGGAUGAAUGAUCGUAUCUAUCUGUUUGAUGUGCGACAGUCUUCACAGAUCACUCCUUUCACUGACUAUGAAUACAAUUUAUGAAAGCAGCAAAUUGAACUUGAAGAUCACAGUUUUAAAGGAAGGAUACUGCAAACCCACCAAAAAUAACGAAGAUGGAGAGCCUUGUUUCCAUGCCGAAGGGAGCAUUACACUGGUUGAGACGGAGGCACAUAAAGUUCUUGUCGAUACUGGAGGACCAUGGGAUAAACCAUACCUCAUUGAUGCUUUUAAAGAACUAGGUCUCGGUCUGGAGGAAGUAGACUAUGUCAUUGGAACACAUGGUCACUCUGAUCAUAUUGGCAACCUGAACUUGUUUCCUGGUGCGACACAUAUUGUUGGAUGGGAUGUGUGUAAAAGAGAUCUGUACACCAGUCAUUCAUUUUCAGAUGGCAAGCCAUACCUGAUAAACUCUGAAUUGGUUGUCAUGCCAACACCUGGUCACACCCAUCAUGACGUCAGUCUUGUUGUGCACGACGGAGAAAAGAAAAUAGUGAUUGCAGGAGAUCUCUUUGAGAGUGAGAAUGACAUUGAUGAUCCUUCAUUAUGGAGAGACUGCAGUGAAGAUCCAAAGACACAAGAAAUCAAUAGAAGGAAGAUCAUAGAUAUGGCAGAUAUCAUUGUACCAGGGCAUGGACCAGCGUUUCAGGUCAAGAUGAGCUAUAGGACUAAACUGGAAGCAAAUGAUUUGCCAUGAUCACAAGGCAGAUAUCGUGUAAGGGAUUGGACAAGCGCUUCGGGUCACAGACUUUGCAGAUAUCAUCGUACCAAGACAUGAACCAGCGUUUCAGGUCUCAGACAUGGCAGAUAUCAUUGUACUAGACAUGAACCAGCGUUUCAGGUCUCAGACAUGAAAUAUAUCAUCAUACCAGACAUGAACCAGCGUUUCAGGUCACAGGCAUGAAAGAUAUCAUCGUACCAGGCAUGAACCAUCGUUUCCGAUUGCAGACAUGACAGAUAUCGUCGUAGCAGACAUUUUCAGCGUUUCAGGUCGCAGACAUGGCAGAUAUCAUUGUACUAGAGAUGAACCGGCCUUUCAGGUCACAGACAUGGCAGAUAUUGCUGUACCAACAGAUGGAUUACUGUUUUGAGUUCAAGGAGAGCUACAGGACUGAAGAAAGAUCUUUGACAUGGCAUAUAUCAUUGUACCAGGACAUUGACCAGCGUUUCAGGUCAAGAAGAGCUUCAGAACCAAAGAAAGAUCAUGAAUAGUGUAGAUAUCAUAGUACCAGGACAUGGACCAAUGUAUAUGACAGUUGUCAUCGUAUCGGGGCAUGGACCAGCAUUUCAGGUCAAGGAGAGCUAUCGGACUUAGCUAAAAGCAGGUAUGCAUUAUGCAUUAAAGACAUUGGAGUUCUCAUAGUGCUGAAUUGAGAUCUUAAUGAGAUGUGAAACUUAAAAUCAAUAAAACCUAAAGGAAGAAUAUGAUUUACCAUUCUGACUCUAUAAGAGGAUUUUCAUACAUUGCAACUGAUUGGUACAGAUUAUAUUACAAACCAUUUCAAACACAAUAGAGAAUAUUCUAGCACCUCUCAAAUGUUUUCCAAAAGUUUGCGAAGGACUUAAAUGUAAAAAAAAGGAGGUUAUACAUUGGCCUCUGUCUGGCAAAGCUGUGCUAAGCAUGUACUUUGUUUGUUUGCAGGAGACCCUUUUCAUUCACAAGCAGGUUCAAAUUUUUUAAAGUCAUUAAUAUCAUUGGAAAGUUGUCAUUUUGUGAAUUAACAUAUAAGUUUUUCUUCUUAGCCAGUUGCAUCCUCAGGUUUUACUUUAAUUCUGAGUUAAUGACUUGUUCCUAGUGACAUCAGAUAUUGAAUAGUUUUAUAUUUUAGAGCUUUUUCUGCCUGGGUUCAACCUUCUCUGUGAUAAAUUACUUUUAUGUACGGGACUACUAGUAAACCAAUGAGGCAAAUCAAAAUCCAAGUUAAAUUGAAAGCAAGAAGUGAAGAGGAGUAUGUUUUUUAAACAUGAAUUUGUCGUGUUGGUGCAAGAAUGCCCUUAAAACCACACUUUCCCACCUGGCAUGCAUGCAGAAACGCCUUUCGCAGCGCGCAUUAGUGCAUUGCGUAAGGGUGUUUCUGCACCUAACGCGAAAAUGUUUUGCAAAGGGUACUCUUGCAUGGACAUGAAGAAUUGUCACUCUCACAUUAUUAUUAUGGAAGACUUCAGCUUAUCAUUGAUUCAUGUGCAAUAUUCAUGAAACUGUUCAUUUAAAUACUUAAUUAUUUUUUCAUGAUAGUUAUUGUUUUGGUAUGUUGUAAGUUUAUCGAAUUCCUAUUUGUUUCAAAUAUAUACUAGCAACAUAAAAUACUUUGCAGUUGCCCGGUUAAGACUUGAAGUGUAAAGUGAGAUUUUUUUUCCAUUUAAUAAGUUGGCCUAUGAAAUUCAUAGUAAAGAUAUUUAUGAAGAGCUCACCUAAUAAUGAAAAAAAAAACAUAUCAAAGGACCAAGAAUAGUCAAAUAGGUCAAGAAGAUAUCUUAUUUUUCAUUACGACAUAUUGAAAAACACCACCCUGUCUGUUUAAAUAAGAUUGCUGGAUUGGUCUAUACAAAUUUCAACUCUUGUGGAAAACCAUUUUUCUUGUACAUUAAUUUACCCCCAAAAGUUGUAGUCAAGACCCAAGACAGCUUAUGAAUAUGGUAGUAUAUUGUUAUAUUCCCCAGAAAAGGAAAAAAUGAUUCGACAAGUCAAUAUUUAAAAAAAAAAGAUGACAAAUUCUUUGUUUGGGCAUGUAUUGUGCUUGCUCAGAAUAAUAUUUAAUUCUCAUCAUCAUAUAUUAUGUCUUUUAAUAAAAAGAUAAGAACUUUCUUAUCGGUCAGAUUUUAAAA